AAUGGAGCUGGACGCAUGUUGUGUUGACAGUCAUUAUGUGUAUGUCCAUCUCUAUCCACAGCACACUCUUAUGCUCGCUGUUCUUGGAUGGCACAGCGGCACCAAACUCAGAGAUUAGGGAGGGGGCAACAUUGGUAGGGCACAGCUGAUCAGAAAGACUCUCCAAACCUGUCACACGUGUACUGUCGUCUCAGUGUAAGCUGACUGUACUGCUCUGACUGUGUUUUUCGAUUUGUUUGCUCCCUGAUUCCUUCACGACAGAAGGGAGGCGAUUCUCCUCGCCGCCAUUAUUAGGGAACUGCCUAUCGAAAAAGAGAAACUUUGCUAGCUACUGCCUAACGUUAGCAGCUAGCUAGUUGCCAGUAGCCUGUCUGCCUACCAGUUUGUUGUGACAGUUAACGCUUGACAGUCGUUAGCCAGAUCAGCUUACUUUACGAUGAUAUUAAUUAUUUUUGCGGUCGACCAGUAUACGUGAUAUAAACAACGGUUAUUGCUGAAGUGGACAAUUUAGCUACAACUCUGUGUGACCGUCUGCACUGGUGCCUCGUCUGUGAUUUAGCGUCAGCCACUUACUCUGUCGUGGUCAGAGUGACUGGAUUAAUCUGCUGCUUAUACCUCUCUUCUCAACCUGUCUGGAUUCAUCUUGACCAGAUGCCCAUGUGCUGGUUCCUCAGGCACAUCCAUUGCCGCAGAUGAAUCUUCAACUGCUUUGGCGUAGCUCAGCACCCAGAUAGUCCCAUCCCCGUUGCGUGGGUGAUAAGGGACUACAUUCACCAGGAUGCCCUCCUCUGUAAGGGCAGGGAGCCUGAAAGAUCCGGAGGUGGCUGAGCUUUUCUUCAAAGAAGACCCAGAGAAGCUUUUCUCUGACCUCCGAGAGAUUGGCCAUGGCAGCUUUGGCGCUGUCUACUUUGCGCGGGACGUGCGUACAAAUGAGGUGGUGGCAAUCAAAAAGAUGUCCUACAGUGGCAAGCAGUCCAAUGAGAAAUGGCAGGACAUUAUAAAGGAGGUGAAGUUUCUGCAGAGGAUCCGGCACCCCAACAGUAUAGAGUACAAAGGUUGUUACCUCCGUGAGCACACAGCAUGGCUGGUGAUGGAGUACUGUCUUGGCUCAGCCUCCGAUCUGCUAGAAGUUCAUAAAAAACCUUUACAAGAAGUCGAGAUUGCAGCCAUUACACAUGGUGCUCUGCAGGGGCUGGCCUACCUCCACUCCCACAAUAUGAUCCACAGGGACGUGAAGGCUGGUAACAUUCUGCUGACUGAGCCUGGUCAGGUCAAACUGGCCGACUUUGGCUCUGCCUCCAUCGCCUCACCUGCCAACUCCUUUGUGGGAACGCCAUACUGGAUGGCCCCGGAGGUGAUUCUAGCUAUGGAUGAGGGCCAAUAUGAUGGGAAAGUGGAUGUCUGGUCCUUAGGUAUCACUUGUAUAGAAUUAGCGGAGAGGAAGCCUCCCUUGUUUAACAUGAAUGCAAUGAGUGCCUUAUACCACAUAGCGCAGAAUGAGAGCCCCACACUGCAAUCCAGUGAAUGGACGGAUUACUUUAGAAACUUUAUCGAUUCAUGCCUUCAGAAAAUCCCCCAGGACAGACCACACUCAGACGACAUGCUGGGUCAUGCAUUUCUGCAGCGUGAACGUCCAGAGUCCGUACUGACAGAUCUUAUCCAGAGGACCAAGGAUGCAGUACGAGAGUUGGACAACCUGCAGUACCGCAAGAUGAAGAAAAUACUUCUUCAGGAGGCCCACAACGGACCCACAGCAGAAGUUCAGGAUGGAGACGAGGAGCUGGAGCCGGGCGGAGGUCGGACGGGAACGGUGAACAGCGUUGGCAGUAAUCAGUCCAUCCCCAGCAUGUCCAUCAGCGCCAGCUCUCAGAGCAGCUCUGUUAACAGUCUGAAUGAAGCAGCCCAGGAUAGCCGCAGCGAGCUGGACCUGAUGGAAGGCGACCACACAGUCAUGUCCAACAGCUCUGUCAUACACCUCAAACCGGAAGAAGAGGAAAGUCUUUCUGGAGAGCAGGCAGCUACCAGUCAACCUUCUGAGCCCCAGCAAACACCAGCUCAGGCCCCGAGGAAGCACUACCGCAACAGAGAGCACUUUGCCACCAUACGCACAGCAUCACUCGUGACCCGUGAGAUGCAGGAACAUGAGCAGGACUCGGAGCUGCGGGAGCAGAUGUCUGGUUACAAACGCAUGAGACGGCAACAUCAGAAGCACCUGAUGGCCCUGGAGAACAAGCUGAAGGGGGAGAUGGAUGAACACAGGCUGAGGCUGGACAAAGAACUGGAGAGUCAGAGGAACAACUUCACCCAGGAGAUGGAGAAACUGCUCAAAAAACACCAGGCGGCUCUGGACAAAGACCUGAAGACGUUUACCAACGAUGAGAAGAAGUUCCAGCAGCACAUUCAGGUGCAACAGAAGAAGGAGCUCAGCAGCUUCCUGGAGUCACAGAAGCGCGAGUACAAACUACGCAAGGAGCAGCUCAAAGAGGAACUGAGUGAGAACCAGUCAACACCCAAGAAGGAGAAGCAGGAGUGGCUGUCCAAGCAGAAAGAGAACAUCCAACACUUCCAGGCAGAGGAGGAGGCCAACCUUCUGAGGAGACAGAGGCAGUACCUGGAACUGGAGUGUCGGCGGUUCAAACGCAGGAUUCUCAUUGCCCGACACAAUGUGGAGCAAGAUCUGGCCAGAGAGGAGCUGAACAAACGGCAGACACAGAAGGACCUGGAGCAUGCUAUGCUGCUCAGGCAUCACGAGUCGAUGCAGGAGCUGGAAUUCAGGCACCUGGGCACGAUCCAGAAGGCACGGGCAGAGCUGAUCCGGACCCAGCACCAGACAGAGCUCACCAACCAGCUGGAAUACAAUAAGAGGAGGGAGAGGGAGCUUAGGCGCAAGCAUGUCAUGGAGGUCCGGCAGCAGCCCAAGAGUCUUAAGUCUAAGGAGCUUCAGAUUAAGAAGCAGUUCCAGGAGACUUGUAAAACCCAGACCAGGCAGUACAAGGCCCUCAGGAACCAUCUGCUGGAGACAACGCCCAAGUCUGAUCACAAGGCCGUCCUCAAGAGGCUGAAAGAGGAGCAGACCAGGAAGCUGGCCAUCCUGGCUGAGCAGUAUGACCACUCCAUCAACGAAAUGCUCUCUACACAAGCUCUGCGGUUGGACGAGGCUCAAGAGGGGGAGUGUCAGGUUCUGAGGAUGCAGCUUCAGCAGGAGCUGGAGCUGCUGAAUGCGUACCAGAGCAAGAUCAAGAUGCAAACAGACGCUCAGCAUGACAAGGAGAGGAGGGAGCUGGAGCAGAGGGUCUCUCUGCGGAGGGCUCUGCUGGAGCAGAAAAUUGAGGAGGAAAUGCUCGCCCUGCAGAACGAGCGCCUGGAGCGAAUCCGCUCACUUCUGGAGCGCCAGGCCCGAGAGAUCGAGGCUUUUGACUCAGAAUCCAUGCGACUGGGCUUUAGCAACAUGGUGCUCACUAAUCUGGCUCCUGAUUCGCAAGGGGGCUGGGGAGGGGGAGGUGGAGGAGGUCAGGGGGCUCAGGGGGGAGGCCACUGGCCCGGAGGAAGUGCAGGAGGUGGUCACCAUAGUCAUCACCACCAGGGAGGCUCCAGCUCACAGCAGCCUUGGGGUCACCCCAUGCUGGCUGGGGGUCCGCCACCUUGGAGCCUCCACCACCCGGGAGGAGGGAGCCAGAGGGGGAGUGGUGGAGGGGCGGGAGGGGUGAGGAACAGCCCACAGGCUAUGAGGAGGACGUCAUCAGGGGGGAGGAAUGAACAGGGCAUGAGCAGGAGCGCCAGCAUCACCUCUCAGAUAUCCAAUGGAUCCCACCUGUCGUACACCUAGAACACACACACACACACACACACAAGCAAUACAAUAAUUGUCUUAGAAUUGUUGUGCACCAAGGUAACACUGUACACACACAUACACACACACACACACACACACGUAUAUCACCACACAUUCAUCACACACACCUGUGACUUUCCACAACACACACUGCACAGUACUGAGACGGGCUUUACCUCAGCCCGGUUUCUCUCUCAUCACCACUGCUCUCUUACAUCAGUGUACUGCUCGCAGCAGUCUGUGGAAACCCAAAAGUCUUGAGACUAAUCCAAGAUGGCUGAGGGCCACAUACAGUAUGUCCUAGUGCAAUAGUGUCCUUUUUACUGUAGCCUACUGCGCUGUUUUGUGUGUUUAUAUUUGCCAUGUUAGUCUCUGUUGCCAUAGACCCAAGGUAGUAUAUUCAUAUUAUUUACCAAAAAAUAAUUUGCAGUACACUGCUUUAAUCUGAUGCUUUCAGAUGUUUUGUUAGCAAGAUAAGGUGCGUUGUUUGUGUGCAAUUUUUAGAAGAAAAUUUAAAAAUGCAUCCAUGUGCGAAUUCUGUGAAACCACACAUGGUUCAAGAGUGACGCACAGACAUCUUAAUGUUAGAUAAUUGUUCAUGUGCAGCUGCAGGCAAAGAUGAAGGCAGGAGGUCAUGUAGGGGUCUAACCUAAGACUGAUCAUUGAAGAGCAGACAGUUUCAGGACAUGUUAGACAGGUCUUGAAGGAAAAUGAGAAGAGAAUGAAGGUUGUUGUAAGUGAGCAUAACCGAGUGUAACCGGGAGAAAGUGUCUAGUGUUUUAUUCUCGCUUAAAUGAGAAGCUUGUCCUCCACCAGAGUGGAUAUCUAACCAGUGGGAAAAAAAAUAGCGUUUACAGUGUUUUUUUGAAACACAGGAGAGAAUUAUUCAGUGUAUUCUCAUUUGUCAGUGCCACUUGGGUUCAUAGUCUGGAGUUAGCAAAGAUGCCAAAGGUAAAGGUGCAGAGACAGAUUUGUCGUUCUAAUUAUCCAUGCCAACAUACUGUUGAUGUAUUCAAUGAGCUGGUGCCAGAGAUGUCGGAGUUCAGUUGUAAUACUGUGUGGCAAGCAGAUGCAUGUGCUGCUGUGUUUCUCGUGCACACUCGGCCUCUUUGACUCGGCUCCUGGGUUUCCACAGUCCUCUGCGCUUCACUCACACAUGCCCAGUCGGCAGCCCUCGUGACAGGGAUGAGUUUUCAGCAGCACAUAAGCUCCUAGUUUCAAAACUGGCUUUCCCUCAUCACUCUUUUGCAGUAAUUUUCAGGUCUAAUUUGGCACCGUGUUGGUCGGUUAGAGUGAUGCACCAUGCAGUGUGAAAAAAUAAAUAAAUAAAACAAGAACAUUCUCCUAGAAAUUGAACCAUGGCUUUUGGUCUACCUCAAGAUCACCCAAAUAGAGUUUCACCACAGGGUGUCGUGACUUGACAAUGACUUGCACUUUGGCACAGGCCUUCUUCCCCAUACUAAAUGUUAAUCAGACAUACUUACACACACCAACAUGCAAAAUUAUUGAUUUGUCAGUAUGCCCCUUUUGCACACUUGGCUGAUGAAUGCACGUACAGGGGUAAAUUUAGUGAAAAUGGGAUUUCCGACAUAAAAGUGUUUUUAAAUUAAAAAAAAUUAAAAAAUAGUACACUUGUAGUUGCAGUUGUUAGUGGAAUUGGUUGUAAUUCAGUGAUGGAUACUGAUGCCCUGAAUUUGUGUCAGGGCAUCAGUAUCCAUCUCAGAUGCCCAAAAAUCUCCCUCUGUGUUUCUGAUUUUUCAAAUGAUCAUUUUAAGGGGAAAGAGAGGAAGAGUGAGUUAACAGGGAGCGUGAAAAAGGAGCUUCACUCGCCCUCUGCUGGUUGGUGACUGCUGAAUGUCUCAGUGGGUGGAUGGGCGGUGAUUCUGUGAUCUCCGCUGCCAUGCCCCUGCGUCCUUCCCCCUGUCCUGACACCCCGCUCUGUCUCACCCCUGGUGACCCCCGAUGUCAGAUUCACCAAUCUCCCCACGUCCCUCCACCUCCAUUUCCUCUCCCCCGAGCCUGGUGGGAAGAGCGCUUCAAGUGAAAGAAAAGAAAAAAAAUAUAUAUAUAUAUAGAUAUAUAUGCAUAUGCGCGUGUGUAUUAUUAUAUGAUCCUAUAAAAAGGAAGGAUUAUAGGAAAAUAGAGGUAAAGGUGGAAGUCUUAUUGUGAAAUGCAUUAUAUGAAUUUCAGAGGUGGAAUGUACAGAAAACUUGUUAAUAUUGUAUAUUUUGAAUUUGAAAAUAUGAAAAUCUAAUUGAAAGAUCAAAGAGAAAUUAACUUGUUGUGAUGAGGAUACAGUGAUGUGGUUUCAGACCAGCAGCAUCUGCAGCCGCUGUGUUUUCACUGUCUUACUUGCAGCUGCGAGCUGUGAAACGUGUUACAGACGUUCUGUCGUAAAUGAUAACAGCACAGCUCUAGGUCAGCUUGCCUUGAGUAAAUGGCAAUGUGUUAUUUAAUGCUGAAAGAGAACGAUUUUGCACAUAAUUUGAAAUGUAGUUAGGUGUAGCCUUUGCUUUAGCAAUGGCUAUAUUGUACUGACAUUAUGAUAUAUACAGAGUUGCCUGUCUCUUUAGGUUUUUAGAAGACUCUUGGACCUCGAGUCAAGGUAACAGUAACAUAAAAAGAAAAUUGCAUUUCACAGAUAUAUAAAAUCUAAAAAGAACUGCUGAAUUCUUUAGUAUUUGGAUGCAUAAUCAAUAUUUAGUGCACUCCACAAAUUUAGUGCACUCCACAACUUGACAUUGUUUCCAAAUUCUUGCACAAGACAGUGAAAAUAUAUCUAUGUUGAUUGAUAUCUACAGAGGGUUACUCUUAGGUUUUGUGGGGUCCAUGGAUUUUAUUUGGACUUUUAUUUCUGACUUAUGAAACACGCGCCCUCUUUUGUUGUGGUUCUACACAAAGCAUUUUCACACUGCACUUAAGUAUUUGCCUUUUUAAAAAAACAAAGCAAAAAAAAAAAAAACGAAAGCGUUACCACCCUGCACUCCACAGAACUUCUAAUCCUGUUGUUUUUCUUGGCUCAGUUCUCAGUUGUGGAAACAGUUUUUAAAAAAAGAGAGAGAAAGAAAACAGAAUGUGGUGGCCCCACUUCUGUCUUCAGCCAGUAUGCCAUUUGUACCCAACAUCAUUUUAUCAACCCUUUUUUUUCCCAGGUCUGUUGUGUUUUAUUUCCUUUUAAGACAGACAGGGUCAUUUUAUUUUCCAGAUGAUGUCUGCAGAGGGCCAAACGAGUGGCAGAUUUUUUUUAGACCUUCUCUUGUGUUUACUAGAACUCGGGGUGUUUUGCAAGGCAGUCGGGGCAGAGUCUAGCUUUAGACCUUGGUCACUCCGAACUGGAUCAGUUGCACUGAUUGCACAAGUGAUUGACCAGAUUAAAGAGUCUACUGUGAUCCUCAGCGCGCUGAGGGACGGCUGCCGUUGGCUGAAAGUAGGCGGGAGGCAGGGUUCCGUCUCUGUACAGUCUGUUUAUCAGUAUUCCCUUUAUCUCUCCUGUCAUUUGGUGGAUCUUGCUGUUUUAUUCUCCGUAGUCCAGAGACCUGUAUUAAACUGUAUUAAAUUGUAUAGAUUGUGCAAAAAAAGCUGAAUGUUGCAUAGCAGAAGAGAAUCCUUACAGAUGACAAAGUGAUUUAAAAUGUAUAAAAGAAAUUCAGAAACAGUUUAGGGGAUAAAUGUACUAUUUUGUUUGUAAUUACUAUUUUUUGUUGGAAGAGGGCUACUGGAUAAAGAAUCAUCUGUAAUAAAGUAAUUUUAAUAUUU